ACUACGACGUCAUAGCAGGUCGAGACGGAGCUCUCUGUGUGGUGGUGUAACUCUGCUUCUACCCUCCAGCUCUCACUACUCUCUCUUGCCCACACAAAUUGUUUCCAAAAUGUCAGAGGUUUGUUUCCAGAGAGUUCAUUUUGGCAGCUCUCAGGAGAGGAAACUCUUCCCCUACCAUUUUGCACCAGACCGGCUGGGAAACCAAAUGUCCCGAGAGGUGGCGCCGGACGUCGGCCCUGGCUGCUAUGACAACCAUGAGUUUGGCACCAUCAUUUAUGACUUACAGAAGAAACCGGAAAGUAGGAAAGGAUAUGGUCUCUCUGCGAGGACUGCAGCUCGCUUUCCGGCCUGUAGCAAGAUAGUGACCCCUUCCCCACUGCAGUACCAGCGGGAUCAAAGCCGGUCCAGAGUCCCUCCUCCGAGCAAAACACCUUUCGACUCAAGCACACAGAGGUUCAGAAGCGUGCCGUGUACCGUUGAGCAGAGCCCAGGGCCUGGGACCUACGCUCAUGAUGCAGUGACAAACAGGAAAGUGAGCUGGCCGAUGUGCUUCGGGAGCCCAGAUUUGUCCGGACUGCCUCAGAUGAAGAAGAAGUCACUCAGGGUCAAGCUGAACAGUGAAAAGGAGUUCCUGAAGCACAGAAACAGAGUGGCCUACAUGAGUUUGUACUAUUAACUCUAAAGCUGAAGGAUGUAUCCCAUCCCAUCGUGACAGUUACGCAAGAUGUUGCCUUCGUCAUCAUUUUUAACUGAAACUUUAAUUCACUACUGAAACUGUUGUCAAGAAAUGUUUGAUAUCUCAAGUUAAAAGUAAACAAAAGAAACGUAUUUUUCUUUAUUCUCAAAAAUGACUGUUUUCCUGUGUGGUUUGUAUAUUACACCAUGAUGUUGCUUACAAAGUGAAAUUACACAAUGUUU